GUAGGUCCCUCGCGGUCGGGGGUCGGUGAGCGGUAUAGCCGGGGAGAUGGCGGAUCAGGCGGACUCGAUGUGCGAGCAGUUAGUGCAGGCGGUCACCGCCAUCAUGGAGCCGGACACCAACCAGCACUACCGCAUGGAGGCUUUAAAGUUUUGUGAAGACUUUAAAGAAAAUUGCCCAUUGUGCGUACCCUGUGGCUUGAAACUUGCGGACAAGAUGCAACUCCCGGUCGUCAGACAUUUUGGCCUACAGGUUCUAGAGCACGUAAUCAAGUUUCGGUGGAAUAAUAUGUCCAGUGAAGACAAGUUGUGUUUGAAGUACAGUGUUAUGGAACUUAUAUCAAAUGGGAUGAACUCUGUGCUUGAGGAGGAAGCCCAUAUUAAGGACGUGUUUGCCCGCAUCAUAGUGGAAAUGAUAAAGAGAGAGUGGCCUCAGAACUGGCCGGACAUGCUGAAUGAGCUGGAAGCGCUCACCAAGCAAGGGGAAGUGCAGACGGAGCUGGUUAUGUUUAUUUUAUUGCGUCUGGCUGAAGAUGUAGUGACAUUCCAUACCCUGCCUCCACAGCGCCGCAGAGACAUUCAUCUGACAAUGAUGCAAAAUAUGGAUAAACUGUUUGCCUUCAUGCUGAACAUUUUGCAGGAGAACGUAACUCAAUACCAACAUCUGAAUGACACUGGGCAGAAGGGUCAGAGUUUGUGUCGUGUUGCUGUGGCUGCCCUUAACACUCUGGCUGGAUACAUGGAUUGGGUCCCUAUUGCACACAUAGUUGCUGACAACUGUAAAUUGCUGGAGGGGCUAUGUGUGCUUCUGAGUGAGCCUGAACUGCAGGUGGAAGCGGCUGAGUGCCUGAUCAUUGCUGUCAGCAGAAAGGGCAGGCUGGAGGAUCGAGAACCUCUAAUGAUCCUGUUUGAAGACAGUGCCAUGAAUUCUAUACUUAGCGCUGCUCAGAUGGCAGACGUGGAGGGACUGGUGGAAAAAAGUUAUAUCUUCCUUAAAAGACUUUGCCAGGUCCUGUGUGCAUUGGGUAACCAGAUCUGUGCCCUAACUGUGGCCGCGGACCCCCAUGCGAAGGUCCCAGUGAACUUUGGGAAGUAUCUGAAUGCAUUGCUGGCCUUUACAAGACACCCCAGUCUGUUUCUGAAAUCUUCAACUCUAAUGACUUGGGGAUCGCUCUACAGACAUGAGCUAUUGUCUAAAGACCCUCAGCUUCUAGCUGCAAUACCCAAAUUCUUACAAAUUUCUAUGACCAGCGUUGUGAAGGUUGGUUUCCCUUCCAAAAACGACAGUCCGAGCUGUGAAUAUUCCCGCCUGGAUUUUGACUGUGAUGAGGAUUUCAAUACUUCCUAUGGCAUGUUCCUAUCCUGGAUGACAACCAUCCUGAAGGCUGUGUGCCGUCUGGAUCCUCACACUAGCUUUCACAUGGCUGGAAACUGGCUUCGUUUUAUGUUGACCGCACCAGUGGACGAGGAGCCUCAAACGUUUAAUCCUGGUAAGGCUUCUGGCAGCCCUCUGUCCUCCACCCACGCCCAGUGGGAAGCCAUGACUUUUUUUUCUGAAGGCAUCAUCCGGGUGGCUUUUGGGGUUCUCUGUGAGGAGCAGGGCAGAGUAGCAGAGGGGAUUGAUGUUCUCCACUCUAUCCUGACAUACGAGGCCACGGAUCCUGUCAUCUUGUCCUGUGUCCUCACAAACCUGUCUUCUUAUUUCCCUUUCAUCCGAUACACAAAUCCUUCCAUGCCUCUUGUGCUGUCAAAGCUGUUUGCCGCAAUAUCCUUUCAUACAUCUGCAAAUUCAAAGGACCCACUAACUCGUGCCGUGAAGAAUGUUCGACGACAUGCCUGCUGCUCCUUGAUUAAGAUCUGUAGUACUUACCCUGAGCUUGUUUUGCCACACUUUGAGCUGCUGUACACCCAGGUAAAGCAUCUGCUAAAGGAUGAGCGGUUCCAGAGCCAGAUGGAGAGGUGCUCUGCGAUGGAGGCGCUGGUGCUCGUUAGCAACCAGUUAAAGGACUACGAGAAGCAGAAAUCUUUCCUGAUGGAGUUUAUCAGUCCCUUAAUGUCAGUCUGGCUAUCAGAGGAUGUGCAAAGAGCCAUCUCCAGUCCAGAAGCUUUAAUUUCCUUUGUUGGUGCAGCUGCAUCCACAAACUUAGAUAUCGAGGAGGAUCCUUGCCGUUUGAACCGCACACAGCUUUCAUUCUGUUCUUUUGGUAUUCUCCGUAUGAUUAUGCGGGCUCAUUGGCCUAGUGACAUCGAGGAGGCUAAAACUGGAGGCUUCCUGGUUGGCUACACUCCAACAGGGACCCCUAUCUUCCGUCACCCAUGUAGUGAAGCUGUCCUAAAGCUUGUGGAUAGUGUAGUUGCUCUAAUUAGGACACACAAUGGCAUUUAUCAUCCAGACGUCCUGGCCAAGAUGGGUGCCUUAUCCAAAGCUGUAGAGAUCAUGGAGAUUGAAAAGAGACCUAUUCUGGGCCUUCCGCCACUGGAACCAUCAUACACUACUUUUCGUAGGAACUUGUUGGAAAGGUUGCAGGGAUUCUUCUGCUCAUCAUACGAUAACUGCUAUCAGAUCCUGGGAGGUUGUGGCACCAGCCUGCAGCAGGACUUUUAUUCUAUUCCAAACCUGGUCCCUCAUUUGUUGAACUCUGCGUUUACCAACCUGGAUAACGUGCCUGACUUCCGUCUGCGCGUCAUGCUGCGACGGUUUGUGAAGCCUUUUAUCCUCUCCUGUCCGCCUGAAAGAUAUGGGAGUAUAGUGAUCCCCAUCCUGGGACCUCUCCUAAAUUACAUGCAGCAGAGAUUGUCACAAAAAUGGUUGUUUGUCAACCAGCAGGACAUCGUGAGUGAGGAGGACGAGUGUAAGGAAGAGAGUGUUGAGAUACUCGAGGACCUGCUUUUGCGGCUGCUUAGUCGAGAGGUGAUGGAUCUGAUCAUUGCUUGCUGUGUAGCGAAGAAGAAUCAAAGCCCUUCCAAUGCAGGAGCUGAUGGGUUAAUCAGUGCCACCCAGGUGGAGGUUGAAGAUGAAGAAAUGAUGGCUUCUGACACUACUAAUCCUGGCACUGUUGAAUUGACGGAACUCGGGAGGUUCUUGAUGGGUAACGAGGACUUAUCAACCGUGCUGCUAGUCACUGUGUUUAGCCCUCUGGUCUGGAAGGACACAAUUAGCUGCCAAAAAGCAGCCGUGUUACUGUGCUGGCCCCUUCUCACACAGGUCAUCUCCUCCUCUCUUCCUUCGGAUGCAGCUGUCUGUUUCUUCACCAACGUUCUGCGCGGACUGCAAAUGCAUGGACAGCAUGAGGGCUGCCUGUCCGUACUAGUCCACUUGGCUUUCCAAAUAUACGAGGCUUUGCGCCCCCAUUACCCAGCACUGCGUUCGGUGAUGGAACAAGUUCCUGAGAUCCAGAAACAGUCCUUGGAUCAGUUUGACUCACAACUUCUCUUUCCAAAGCAAAAAAUGGCCGACAAGAGGAGGAAAGACCACUUCAAGAGGCUAAUCACUGGCUGUAUAGGGAAACCUUUAGGAGAACAGUUUCGAAAAGAAAUUCAUAUCCGCAACUUACCUGCCCUGUUUCAGAAAAAAUCCAAAACCCAGCUUGAUGUGGAUCCAAUUCUAGAAAACUGUGAUGACUCCCUUCCUGCAUUAUUUAAGCCUUGACUAUGUCCAAACUUGGAAACCUUCCUCUGUCACUACAGGGGUGAGAGAGAUCUGCCUCUUCUUCCUCCCCCUAUGGGGGGAGGGGUGAAACAUUGCUCAGUCAAUGCACCCUGAGAGAGUGGUUGUUUUAUUUAUGCCAGCGCCUGUGCUGAAACAGCAUCAAUAUCCAUCUUCUACCAACACUAAUUGCAUUCCGGCCCAAGCAGCGCAACAGUAUCGGAGGCACUUCCUGGAAUCAAGUGGUAGCCAGACAUCCACCCCUCACCAUGUUACAUCAGCCACGGACCCCCCCCUUACCGCAUCACACCACAAACCUCCCCUAUAAUGCUUUUAGACUGGCUGUCUCGCUUUUCUAUUUAAGGUCACCAAGACUCUCUUUUGACUGUAUCAAAUAAGUGACAGACCAUUGCACUUCACUGUACCGAACCAGCCAUGGCUUGUACUCUGUGAUCCUGUGUGUAUGAACCACUGCCAGGAGCUGAUUGGACAGAGGCCCUAGUUUUAUUGCAGCUGGAGCUUGUCAUGUGAAAUAUGAUUAAUGGUCCUUUGUCUGUCGUUUGGUGGUUAUAGUAUUCAUGGAGCUGACCCAAUGAACAGAGAAGCAGCCGCUGCCAUCACCACCACCGCCACGUUAUGUGAAGAGACCUACUCAAUAAGCUUUAUACUGCUUCCACCAUGUGAGGUGUUAGACGAUAUCAAUCCACAUUUGGACAGAUUAAUAUGGUAGGGGAUAUUAUCUAUGACAUUCCAUGCCUGGCAGGUGCCCUGCUAAUAUUUGUGUCCCAGGUCUUUGACUGAGCUAGUAUUUUUACGGGAGGGUAGGAUAUCCCCGACCCUUUCUGUAAUUGGACAUCAGUAAACAUGUUUGGUAAGAAAUCUA